GGAUUGUGGAGCCCAAAUUUAAGUUAAUAGAUAUUCUUAACAGAGAACUAUACUUAAGAGUUUCCAUUCAAUCGUUCCAAGGGAAAGGCAUAGAAAUCUAUAUAGGUGCUCCUAUUUGGAUUGUAAACAAAACAGGCUUACCGUUAAUAUUUAGACAAGAAGGUACAAUCCAACCAGCCUCAGGACAAUUUGUUGAACAUGAACAUGCUCGAGAGACGUCGCCGCUUAUGUUUUCUUUUUCCGAUCAAGAAGGACCACCUCUGCUCGAAUUUCGUUUGGGAAAAAGUUAUGGUGACAACAAUCCGUGGUGCAGCAGUUUCGGAAUUCACAAGGAAAACACAUUCCGUGAUUUCUAACUGGUGCAGCAGUUUCGGAAUUCACAAGGAAAACACAUUCCGUGAAUUGAAAGCCGAGAAUUCGAAAACGAACUACGUUAUUGGUGUAAAUGUGCAAAGAGGAAAGGGCUUAUAUCUUACAACAACAUUCAUUACUCUUACUCCCCGCUUCCAAUUAUAUAAUCGAAGUUCGAGAGAGCUGCAGUUUGCCCAAAAGUGUGAUAUUACAAAACAGAUGACAAAUACACCAAAGAGUCUUAUUUCCGCUCUUCCGGGUAGCAAUUUCCCAUUUCACUGGACUAAUUGUGAACAUGAACCGCUACUGUGCGUGCGGGUAGCGGAUAAUGAUUAUUGUCAUUGGUCUAAAGGCUUACCUGUUAAUGAGACAAAGAGUUUAUACAUUAACCUAAGAAAUGACAUUGGAGAAAUGAUUUUUCUUCGAUUGGAAGUUAUUUUGCAUGGCGGCACGUAUAUUUUACAUUUUACCGACGCGCACACUUUACCACCACCUAUACGAAUUGAUAAUUACUCUGAAGUGAACAUUCAUUUUUACCAAAAAGACGUGGAUCCAUUUUGGCGAACUUGUGUAAAACCGUUGUCUUCUUUGGCAUAUGUUAUGGAUGACCCAUUAGCACCACACAUUUUACGCAUUGAAGCCCCAGGUGGCAACUCCAUCGAUUAUCCUUUAAAUAAAAUGGAUGUUGCCAAAAGUAUAACAUAUGCCAAUUUCAUCUACAUUGCAUUUAAGGAAACAUUUCGCCUUGUUAUAUCAGAUUGUGAUGACACACAAGUUGGUAUUGAAGGGCAACAACUUGUACUUGGUGUUAAGGAUAAACGAGUGAUUAUUACAAGAAAAUGUGCCGGAGAUCGUUCGCAACUAUGGUUAAUGAAUUCGUUCGGUCAACUUGAACAUGAAGGCUCGUCGCCACCAAGUGAAUAUCUCAAAUCUUCACAUACGUCCCCACGGCUUGUCUUAGAUCUUGAAAAGCCUCCCAACCCAACAGAAUACACUAAGCUGGUUGUUAGACCACAGAAUAUUCAAAGAGUGACAACACAGACCUGGCGGUUUGAAAACGGUAGACUUAUGUGUCACGCUAACAUGUGUGUUCAGGCAGCAAAUGGGAUAUAUGGUCUUAAACCUGGAUGUGAUGCGGUGUUGGGAAGAAUAGAAUCCACCUCCAGAGCUGUUAAUGAAAAUAGAAUUCCACUUGAACAAUGUAUAGAAAUUCAAAAACUUCGACCGGGAUCUGGACACUUAGAAAUUUUAAGCAAAAUGGAUGGACCCAUUAAAACUCUACAAAUACAUGAUGUCAAAUCUAAUCUAGAUGAGUUAAUACUUGCCGCAGAUCCAUGUUGGAAGCAUGCAUCAGUUUUUAACAAAAUGUUUGUAGAAGACACAAAAAAUUAUGGAUUUGCUGAAAUAGUGAUCAAAUUGAACUUAUUAAAAGGAUUGGGAUUGUCCAUAAUAACGAGAGCUCCUUGCGAAGAAUUAGCUUACUUAACUUUUGAAGGCAUAAUGGUGCAUAUUGUGUUGUCACCGAUUACAAAGUCGCUUGAUUUAAAUGUUUGCGAUUUUCAAAUUGACAAUCAGCUUUUAGAGACUACAUGUCCCAUAAUGUAUUACGUAACAAAGUCGAGUACAGAAAAUGCUCCAAGGGAUGCUAUAACUUGUAAAGCAAAAGUUUUACCGAGUCCAAACAAAAAUGCAGUUAUAUUUGAACAUCUGUCUGUACAUAUUAAGCCUUGUGCAAUACUUUUAGAAGAACGAUUGAUAUUAAAAAUGGCAUUGUUCCUCGGAUAUGGAAAGACAAAUAACAAUUUCACACAUCAAACGGAAUCAAUGGUAUAUCGAUUUGAUGAAUAUCCGUUUUCGAAAAACGCAAAGAGAUAUUAUUUCGAAAACCUCAUUCUAGGUGCAACACAGGUUCGCUUAACUGUUUUAACUGCACCAAAACUAACUCCAGAACUUUUCGAGAUUAAGAAGAUUUUGGGUCUAACUCUUAUAAAGUUUGAGGAUGCAAUUAUAGAAUUCGAUAAAUUUUCCGAUAGACAUCAUUUUGAAACUUUUGAUACAUACUUGAAGGCUGUGAAAAUGCACUACGUAAAUCAAAUCAAGUGGCACGCAGCAUCUAUACUAGGAAGUGUAGAUUUUUUGGGAAACCCUCUUGGAUUUGCAAAUGACUUAUCCGAAGGUGUUUCUGGUUUAAUAUUUGAAGGUUCAGUUAAAAGUCUGGUUAAGAACGUAACACAUGGCAUUUCCAAUUCUACAGCAAAAUUAACGGAAACGAUUUCCCAUAGCCUUGGGAAAGUAGUUCUAGAUGAGAGAGACAAUGAAACCAGACAAAAAAUACUUGAAGUUAGUUACCCGACAACAGGAGGACACUUAGCUGCGGGAUUAAAAGGAUUUGGUUUUGGUCUACUUGGUGGAGUAACAAGUAUUGUUCGGCACACUUAUAUUGGUGCUCAAUCGGAUGGAUUUCCAGGAUUUAUAAGUGGACUUGGAAAGGGCCUUGUUGGUACGGUAACGAAGCCUUUAAUUGGUGUUCUCGAUUUGGCCUCGGAAACUGCAAGUGCUGUUAGAGAAACUAGUAGGGGAUCACAUCAUUUUCUACCUGACCGAAAGCGUCUGCCAAGAUGUGUAACAGGUGCUCCAGGCGGCCUUUUACCCAAUUACUCAUACAGGCAAAGUAAAGGACAACAAUAUCUAUAUAUUAUUAACCGCAGAAAUUUCUCAGAAAAGUUGAUAUUUUACGAACCGAACUUAUGCAAUGACAAGGAAGCUAAGUUAAGGCUUUUGGUUUCUACGGAAUUCAUUCGUAUUUUUUCAAGAUGCGAAGAAGAUCCAGCGAUAAUGAUUGAGUGCCACUUAAGUGAAGUUCUCUCGUGUCAUCCACUUACUACUAGCACAAAUGUUUUGAGUUCGACAAAAAUUGUUCCCGUAUACUAUAUAGAAAUUUCGACAAACUUGCCGAAAGUUACGCGCCCACGGGUGCGGUGUCAAAAUGAAAACGUCGCUGAAAGGGCAUCUAGAUGUUCGAGCUUAAUGGUCUGAAAUUCGCACUGAUAAGGAAAUCUAAAGGGACAUUAUCGAAAUCACGGAGAAAAACAUUUGAUCCAAUCGAGGCGGAUUUCCCUUCAGUGGUUUUCUUUUUUAUCUUCUCAGGCGUUCAAAACACGGAAUUUCGUCCACCGCUUCAACAUACAGUCCGCAGCAUUGAUACAUGCAUAAUUUUUCAUCUCACCAUAUCACAUGCACAAACGUGAAAUCAUUUUCCGAAAAUGAGGGAAAAACGAAAACCCAUCGAAUUUGUGUGUGCAUAUUCGGAAAAUAAUUGUAAUGAACACAUAUGUGCUGUUUAUCCAUUCACCCUACCCUCGCCAUAUUUCUAUUUAUGUUUGCUUUUUUUUUCUCUCUUUGAAUUGUCAGUGCAUUAGAAUCCUCUCCCAUCAAAUGCUAAAAACAUUAAGGACCACAAAAAAUGUAAAAACUAGGCUAUCGGCCCAAAAGUGUGAUUUAGAAAUGAUAAACAAAACCAAACAAAAAACAAUGCUUGCAGAACACUCACUGCAUAAUUUAGUGUCCAAAAAAAGGGCAUCGUAUUUAACUUCCCCUGCGGAAAGUACAAUAGAAAAUGCAGAAAAAAAUCCUGUCCGCAAUACAAUUGACCGCAGUAGAAAAAGUGCUGCAGAAGAAGUUCGGCAAGGAUUUGAAGAUUAUUUCAAUAAUGAAGGAACAAUAAUCUGGCAAGACAGCCAAUUUCAAUAAAGAUGUAGUUUUUC